CCCCUUGAGCUGGUGCACACGGAUGUGUGUGGACCGAUGCAAACUCCUGACCGGGAAAAGGGCAGCAGAUACUUUGUCACCUUUCUUGAUGACUUCAGUCGACUUAGCUGGGUCAUCUUGGUGAAGACCAAGGAUGAGGUGGCAAAGGUGUUUAAGCGGUGGAUACGCUAUGUGGAGAGGGAGUCAGGGGCCAAGGUGAAGGUGUUAAGGUACCUGACCAGCAAAGGAGGAAGCUAGAUCCUAAGGCACAGUGGGGGAUUUUCCUUGGGGUUUCUGAGAGGAGCAAGGCUUGGGUGCUGUGGAGUGUA